AUGGGAAAUACGACGGAAGACCCCGAGAAGAGUCAAUGGGAACCCGUAGCGCCUCGUGCGCGUGACACUCCAGAUUCCGAGCCCUCUGUGUCCCCGCAGAGUAGUUCAGCCGGACGCGAGAGGCAACGUCCGUAUGGAAAUGAGAGAGGUUCAGAUCAGGCCGCCGGUGCGCUUGACGAGGAGGCGAUUCUUGAAAAUGCCGAAGACAAUCUUCAUGUGACUGAGGAUGACCUCCUCGAAGCGAGGGCAUUCGCCGCGCAGUACACAUUGGAAGAAGUCAAGCUGUUAAUGCAAAAAGUCCACAAAGUCCACAGGCACGAUCCCAACUUGCCACUCUCGGUUGUAAAGAGGAUAGAAGAGUUUAUAGGCAAUGACUCGGUCUUUACACAUCCCCAGAAACACCAGGCCCUCAUACGCGAGAUGAAGCUAGAGGCUGCGUUAAUAACAAACAGCAGCCCUUACGCCGAGGUCCGCGCUAUAGUUGAAAGCGCCGAUGACCCUAACACGCCCUGUUCAACGAUCCGAGCCUGGUUCAUCGGGCUUUUGCUGUCUUUCGCCCUUGCGUUCGUGAACCAGCUAUUCUCGAUUCGAUUACCGUCGAUUAUAGUCCUGAGUAACGUUACCCAGCUCCUGGGGUACUUGCUCGGAAAACUGCUCGAGUACUUCUUACCCGACGUUGGGAUCACCAUAUUAGGCGUCCGGCAUAGUCUCAAUCCUGGGCGGUUCUCCAAGAAGGAACAUAUGCUUAUCACCAUGAUGGCCAACGUCUCCUUUUCUCCGCCCUACACCAACAAUCUCAUUUGGAUCCAAUACCUUCCAACUUAUUUCAACCAAUCUUUCGCCGGUACCUUUGGUUAUCAAAUUCUCGUUGGUCUUUCAACCAACUUCAUUGGCUACGGGCUUGCUGGCCUUGCUCGGCGCUUCCUCGUUUACCCAUCCUACUGCGUAUGGCCGACCUCACUGGUCACCGUCGCUCUCAACACCUCACUGCGUCGAGAACUGAACAACAAGUCAGUCGAGGGGCCGGGCGGGAUCAGGUUCCGCGCUUCGAGGCGUUUCUUUUUCGCCACCUCAUUUUCGGCCAUGGUGGUAUACUUCUUCCUCCCAAACUACCUCUGGACGUCACUUUCUAAUUUCAGCUGGAUGUCGUGGAUCGAUCCUCUGAACCGAGACCUUAAUACCAUUACCGGAUUUAAUACUGGGCUUGGCCUCAAUCCGUGGCCAACGUUCGACUGGAACAUCUUGCUCUGGGACAACAAUGUUGAUCCACUAAUGAUACCUUUCUUUAGUACUUUUAACAAGUUCAUCGGCGCCUUUUGUUCCAUGUUCGUCGUCCUCGCCCUUUGGUAUACGAAUGCUUACAACACUGCUUACUUGCCCAUUAACUCGAGCCGCUUCUACGACAACCAGGCCUUUCAAUAUUCUGCGUCGCGCGUCGUCGGGGAGGAUCGCAUGCUAGAUCAUGAAGCGUACGAGGACUACUCGCCGCCGUUCAUCUCUGCCGGAAACAUUGUUCUCUUCCUGUCCUAUUUUGCCCUUUACACGGCGCUCCUGACCUGGGUCAUCCUUUACCAUCGGCGUGAAAUCGUCACCGCGGCAAAGUCCCUGUGGGCCAGCAUUCGGGGUAAGAGUGAGGCCGAGACGGUACGGGUGCCCGACGUUCAUAACCGCCUGAUGGAGUCCUACAGGGAGGUGCCGGAUUGGUGGUUUAUCGUUAUCCUCGUCGUUGCUGCUGCAUUGGGGAUCGCUGGCAUCGCGGCCUACGAGACGGAUACUACCCCCGGUGUUGUGUUCUACGGGAUUGCCCUCGCGUUGAUUUUUAUAAUUCCCGUCGGUCUCCUCAAAGCCAUGACAGGGAUCGAAGUAACGCUGAACGUCCUCGCCGAACUUAUCGGAGGCGCCAUGGUCGAAGGUAACGCCAUAUCCAUGAACUAUUUCAAGACCUUCGGCUACGUCACCUGCGCGCAGGCCAUUCGUUUCUCGAACAACCUGAAGCUGGGCCACUACGUAAAGGUGCCCCCUCGGCAGUCCUUCGCGGCACAGGUCGCGGCGACUCUCCUCUCGACGCUCGUGUGCACGGGUGUCCAGGUAUACCAGAUGAACAAGAUCCCAAACGUCUGCGAUGAGAUCGACGCGCCGAUGAAGCUCUUUUGCUGGAAUGUCGACGUUAUAUUCACUUCUUCGGUGUUCUGGGGCACGAUUGGACCGAGGAGGAUUUGGGGCCCCGGCGGGUUGUACACGGCGACGCUGGUGGGAUUUCCGCUCGGCGUGGUGACCGUGCUGGUCAUCUACUUCCUCUCGACGAAGUUUUCGAGGUGGACGUGGCUCAGGCAGGUCCAUCCGGUUGUGCUGGUGUACGGCGGUAUCCUGUGGGCUCCGUAUAAUAUGAGCUACCUGUGGCCGGCAGUGCCGAUUUCGUGGCUGUCGUGGAUCUACUUUAAGAAGCGAUUCCUCGAUCUAUGGUCAAAGUACAACUUUACACUGUCCGCGGCAUUCUCGACUGGCAUCGGCAUUAGCAGCAUCAUCAUCUACUUUACGCUCCAAUGGUUCGAAGUCAAGAUCGACUGGUGGGGGGUGUCGGUCAACUCGAGGGGGUGCGAGGCGACGCCGUGCGUGUUGAAGAAGUUGGGGGAGUUGACGACGGAGUAUUUUGGGCCUAGGAUAGGCGAGUUUCAUUAG